AUGUCAUCCAACCGAGCUAAAGAUGAAUCCGAUGAAGCUGAGAGCAAUGCUUCAGCUUCAAUUCAAAGGGUUACUUCUGCGUCUGGUAGUGAAAGGCAUUUGAGAACAAACCCUGCUGUACAACGACCUCCUUCACCUGCUCCCCAACCGAUUUCUGAGGUACAACAGGGUGCCAAACCUGUUAGAAUUGAUGAUGCUGAUGUUCCUCAGGCAUUUGAUCUAUGGGAGGUGGACAACUCAGAUAUUGAACCAGCACCACUCAAAGCCAACCCCACAGUGGCUCAAAUCAGACAACACGCAGAUGAGAGGACUAAAAGACACAAGGCCAUAUCAUGCAUUCAGAACUGUGUUUCUGAUGUUAUCUUCACCAGGAUCAUGGCUUGUGAGACUCCCAAGCAAGCUUGGGACAAGCUUAAGGAGGAGUUCCAAGAUACUGAGAGGACAAGGCAGCAGCAGUUGUUGAAUCUGAGAAGGGAGUUCGAGAACUUAAAGAUGAAAGAAGAAGAAACUGUCAAGAAGUAUUCUGACAGAAUCAUGGCUAUAGUUAUAGCAUAA